AUGGUAAAUCGCGUGUCGAUGUGCGCGGCGUAUGGGAAGGUUGCGGCGAGCGUGGCGUUUGGGAAGGUCGACACGAGCGCGGAGGGGAAGGCGGGUGAGAACGCGGAGAUGGAAGGCGCGGAGGGGAUGGCGGACGAGAAGACGGAGAUGGGGGCCCAGGCGUUAGCGGCAUCUGCAUGCGCCCUCUGGUGCUACAUGUCGACGGGUGCGUCGGUGCUCGGUGCUGUGGGCGAAGGGAAGGCGGCCGCGAUGGUGGCAGGUGCAGGGGAGGAGAGGGCCGAGCGCUUCAAGAAGGUCAUGCACUUGGUUAUCGACUUUGCAAAAAGUCGGAAGGCUCCCGCGGGGGAGGUUGCACAUAACGUCGCGCCAGAGCUGCAGCGCUAUGGAGUGGCCAGGGCCUUCGAGGCGGGAAUUGAGGAAGUCGAGGCCGACAUGAUCGCAAGAGCGACGGUCGAGACCUUGGCGUUCUGGGGAAUGUGCCCCGUCGCCGGGCCCAAGCUCAAAGCGGAGGGCAUCGAUGUGCCGUGUGACGCGAAGAUGGAGUACGAUUUGGAGCACAGGGGGAGGAAGGGUGAGAAGGUCAAGCAGGGCAAGGGCAGCAAGAGGAAGAAGACGAAGGCGGAGAAGCAGGCGAAGGACAGUACGGAUGCGUAG